CUCGGCAGCGCCGGGCGGGGGCGACGCCGGGACCGCGCCUGUAGGACCUCGGGGCCGGCGCGGCAGGAUGGGGACCCGGCGCGGGGAGUGAGGUGGCGGCGGCGGCGGCGAGCGGAACUUCAGCAGGAGGGGCUCGCCCGCUCCCACCCCCCGACCCCCCCACGGCUCGUCGGCCUCCACCUGCAGCCCCGCGGCCCCCGCGCCCCGCGGGACCCGGACGGCGACGGCGGGGGCAUGUGGCGCUGGGUCCGGCAGCAGCUGGGUUUUGACCCACCACAUCAAAGUGACACAAGAACUAUUUACAUAGCCAACAGAUUUCCUCAGAAUGGCCUUUAUACACCUCAGAAAUUUAUAGAUAACCGGAUCAUUUCAUCUAAGUAUACUGUGUGGAAUUUUGUUCCAAAAAAUUUAUUUGAACAAUUCAGAAGAGUGGCAAACUUUUAUUUUCUUAUUAUAUUUUUGGUUCAGCUUAUGAUUGAUACACCUACCAGUCCAAUUACCAGUGGACUUCCAUUAUUCUUUGUGAUAACAGUAACUGCUAUAAAACAGGGGUAUGAAGAUUGGUUGAGACAUAACUCAGAUAAUGAAGUAAAUGGAGCUCCUGUUUAUGUUGUUCGAAGUGGUGGCCUUGUAAAAACUAGAUCAAAAAAUAUUCGGGUAGGUGAUAUUGUUCGAAUAGCCAAAGAUGAAAUUUUCCCUGCAGACUUGGUGCUUCUGUCCUCAGAUAGACUUGAUGGUUCAUGUCACGUUACAACUGCUAGUUUGGAUGGAGAAACUAACCUGAAGACGCAUGUGGCAGUUCCAGAAACAGCAGUGUUACAAACAGUUGCCAAUUUGGACACCCUAGUGGCUGUGAUAGAAUGCCAGCAACCAGAAGCAGACCUGUACAGAUUCAUGGGACGAAUGAUAAUAACUCAACAAAUGGAAGAAAUUGUAAGACCUCUGGGGCCAGAGAGUCUCUUGCUUCGUGGAGCUAGAUUAAAAAACACAAAAGAAAUUUUUGGUGUCGCUGUAUACACUGGAAUGGAAACUAAAAUGGCAUUAAAUUACAAAAGCAAAUCACAGAAACGCUCUGCAGUAGAAAAGUCAAUGAAUACAUUUUUGAUCAUUUAUCUUAUAAUCCUUAUUUCUGAAGCCAUCAUCAGUACUAUCUUGAAAUAUACAUGGCAAGCUGAAGAAAAAUGGGAUGAGCCUUGGUAUAACCAAAAAACAGAACAUCAAAGAAAUAGUAGUAAGAUUCUGAGAUUUAUUUCAGACUUCCUUGCCUUUUUGGUACUCUACAAUUUCAUCAUUCCAAUUUCAUUAUAUGUGACAGUCGAAAUGCAGAAAUUUCUUGGAUCAUUUUUUAUUGGCUGGGAUCUUGAUCUUUAUCAUGAAGAAUCAGAUCAGAAAGCUCAAGUCAAUACUUCUGAUCUGAAUGAAGAGCUUGGACAGGUGGAAUAUGUGUUUACAGAUAAAACGGGUACGCUGACAGAAAAUGAGAUGCAGUUUCGAGAAUGUUCAAUUCAUGGCAUGAAAUACCAAGAAAUCAAUGGUAGACUUGUACCCGAAGGACCGACACCAGAUUCUUCAGAAGGAAAUUUGUCUUAUCUGAGUAGUUUAUCCCAUGUUAACAGUUUAUCCCAUCUUACAAGCAGUUGCUCUUUCAGAACCAGUCCUGAAAAUGAUACUGAACUAAUUAAAGAACAUGAUCUCUUCUUUAAAGCAGUCAGUCUCUGUCACACUGUACAGAUUAGCAGUGUUCAAACGGAUGGCAUCGGUGAUGGUCCCUGGCAGUCCAGCCUGGCACCAUCGCAGUUGGAGUACUAUGCAUCUUCGCCAGACGAAAAGGCCCUGGUGGAAGCUGCCGCACGAAUUGGCAUUGUUUUUGUGGGCAAUACUGGAGAAACUAUGGAAGUUAAAAUACUUGGAAAACUGGAAAGGUACAAACUGCUUCAUGUUCUAGAAUUUGAUUCAGAUCGUAGGAGAAUGAGUGUAAUUGUUCAAGCACCAUCAGGUGAGAGAUUUCUGUUUGCUAAAGGAGCCGAGUCAUCUAUUCUCCCCAAGUGUAUAGGUGGAGAAAUAGAAAAAACAAGAAUUCAUGUAGAUGAAUUUGCUUUGAAAGGGCUAAGAACUCUGUGUGUAGCAUAUAGACAGUUUACAUCAAAAGAAUAUGAAGUGAUAGAUAGACGCCUGUUUGAAGCCAGGACUGCCCUGCAGCAGCGGGAAGAGAAGUUGGCAGAUGUCUUCCAGUAUAUAGAGAAAGACCUGAUAUUACUUGGAGCCACAGCAGUGGAAGACAGACUGCAAGAUAAAGUUCGAGAAACUAUUGAAGCAUUGAGAAUGGCUGGCAUCAAAGUGUGGGUACUUACUGGAGAUAAACAUGAAACAGCUGUUAGUGUGAGUUUAUCAUGUGGACAUUUUCAUAGAACCAUGAACAUCCUUGAACUUACAAACCAGAAAUCAGACAGCGAAUGUGCUGAACAAUUAAGGCAGCUUGCCAGAAGAAUUACAGAAGAUCAUGUGAUUCAGCAUGGGCUGGUAGUGGAUGGAACCAGCCUAUCUCUUGCACUCAGGGAACAUGAAAAACUAUUUAUGGAAGUUUGCAGGAAUUGUUCAGCUGUAUUAUGCUGUCGUAUGGCACCACUGCAGAAAGCGAAAGUAAUCAGAUUGAUAAAAAUCUCCCCUGAGAAACCUAUAACCUUGGCUGUUGGGGAUGGUGCUAAUGACGUAAGCAUGAUACAGGAAGCACAUGUUGGAAUAGGAAUCAUGGGUAAAGAAGGAAGACAGGCUGCAAGAAAUAGUGACUAUGCAAUAGCUAGAUUUAAAUUCCUCUCCAAAUUACUUUUUGUUCACGGUCAUUUUUAUUAUAUUAGAAUAGCUACCCUUGUACAGUAUUUUUUUUAUAAGAAUGUGUGUUUUAUCACACCCCAGUUUUUAUAUCAGUUCUACUGUUUGUUUUCCCAACAAACACUGUAUGACAGUGUGUACCUGACUUUAUACAACAUUUGUUUUACUUCCCUACCUAUUCUGAUAUAUAGUCUUUUGGAACAGCAUAUAGACCCUCAUAUAUUACAGAACAAGCCUACCCUCUAUCGAGACAUUAGUAAAAAUCGUCUGUUAAGCAUUAAAACAUUUCUUUAUUGGACCAUCCUGGGUUUCAGUCAUGCCUUUAUUUUCUUUUUUGGAUCCUAUUUUCUAAUUGGGAAAGAUGCAUCUCUGCUUGGAAAUGGCCAGAUGUUUGGAAACUGGACAUUUGGCACUUUGGUCUUCACAGUCAUGGUUAUUACAGUCACAGUAAAGAUGGCUUUGGAAACUCAUUUUUGGACGUGGAUCAAUCAUCUUGUUACCUGGGGAUCUAUUAUAUUUUAUUUUGUGUUUUCUUUGUUUUAUGGAGGGAUUCUCUGGCCCUUUUUGGGUUCCCAGAAUAUGUACUUUGUAUUUAUUCAGCUCCUAUCAAGUGGUUCUGCUUGGUUUGCCAUAAUUCUUAUGGUUGUUACAUGUUUGUUUCUUGAUGUCAUGAAGAAGGUAUUUGACCGACAACUCCAUCCUACAAGUACUGAAAAGGCACAGAUGUACUCCAACACAGUCGCUUUAAGUGACGAGUUCAUCGCACUGCAGCCUUUGUCGAGGGCAAGGAAUCAGCUGAGCAAACUUAGCUUACUGAAACAAAUUCAGGUAUCAAGUGCGUGGACUCCCUGUGCUGUUUCCCAGAAGGAGAAACAACGUGCACGUCUGUUAGAAGAAUGCUGGAACGAGUUAUAGGAAGAUGUAGUCCUACCCACAUCAGCAGGUGUGAAAUUUCUCUAAGUAGCCUGUGCUGCAGAUGAGUAGCCUCUGGGCUGGAACAGGAUGACCCUGCCCCUGCAGAUCCCUAGUAAACCAGCAGCUGGUGUUACCAACUGAAGCAGGAAGGCCACAGUGUAUUAGCGUACUUGGAUGGUAGAUGGCACGGUAGCUUGGGGCAGAGGGUUCGGUCAUUCACAGAGGAAGAGAAAGCACCUUUGAAGAGACUUCAUCUAAUGAGCAAAAUAAAUAAAUAAAUAAAUAAAUAAAUGUGUUUUAUAAUCUUUGCAAAACGUGGUGGUUAGGAGUGUGUGUAUUUUACUCUUUCAUAGUUUGUAUAACUUUCUUUUUAAAAUUACACCUAUAUACUGUUUCAUUAUCUGCAUUUCUUAAAUUUUGCUUUUUGUCUUUACAAAAUCAUCACAAAUCAAAAGGCUUUGCUUUGCUUCAUGAGUGUUUUCUAGUCAGUCCUCAGAGGCUUUUUGAGAUAUUUAUGAACAUAAAAGGCUGUAUUUCUGCUCCCUACUCCUUAUGUCUGUAAAAAUGUUAUAAGUUAUGAUUUUUCAGUUUCAUUUGUUUGGUAUUUAUUGUCUAAUUAAAAGUGUAGCAAUUAGCACAGACUUUUAAAAAUACACAUUAGAAGAAUCUUAGCAUUUUGUCCCCUCCAGAAUCUGUUUCUUGAAUUAGAGUUAUCACAGUGCUUGCUUCUGUGGAUUUUAACCAAAACUACCAGUUUUUGUUAAAUGCCAUUUAAAAUUCACCUGAAAAUGGAAGGGAUUCAUUCUUCAUACUUUCCCCAAAAGGUACGGAGUAGAAACGGCUUUUUCUGUGCUUGCUGUUCUUCAGGUGAAUGAUGUCAUACUCCCCAAAUCAGAGCAGCCUAGCACCGGCGGGGGGGAACUGAGGUCCAUUCCCGUUGUCCUCACUGUGCCAGUUGAGCAGCUCACUUCCUGCUUGUGCCAUGGCUUAGAAGAAGUGGAAGUGUGGCUCAAGAGCAGGGAGUAGAAGGGUGAGAAGGCCCCACUCUCAUCUGUUGAUGAAACGAUUUUAAUACCUAGUUAGCUUUGUGUUCUAAAAAAUGAAGAGUAUGAUAUCAUUCAUGCAUCAUAAAAUUCAGGUAACCUUUACUGUUGAACUUGUAGUCACUUUACUUUUAGCUAUUUUUCUUCUUUUUUUGGGGGGCCAUGCCUUUAUGGUACAACCAACUUUAUAAAGGGCAUGUCUAUCUUCAUAUAAUGUCUCGUUUCAGUUCCCAUUUAUUCUGAGUUGAUUACAAAUAACAUGUGAUCCAAAAUAUUUCCAUAAUACUGUGAUACCAUUUUGUAGUAAUUUGUUUCACAUAAAAGGAUUAUAUGAGCAACUAAAUUUAUUGGCACUUUGUUAUAACUUACACAAUUGUAUUGUAAAAUAUAAGAAAAUAGUUCUGUUACAUACCUAGGCUAGUGAGUUUCCCAAAGGUUGUUCCAGAAGGAUCUAAUUUAUGUUAUUUUACAUAAUAUAAUAACACAGCUUUACUGCAAAGAACCGAGAUGAGAAUUAGACUAAAAUACCACAAUAAAAUAUCUACAAAGUUUUUAAAAUUUCUAUUUUAACAGAAAUUUCUCCUUAAUGGCAAAGUAUAUCUUUACUAAUGAUUUUUUUUAACUAGAAUUAAUUUUCAAUGAGCCAGUAAGUGUUUUCUGCUUUACACAUAUGCCCAUUUUCUUGCUGUCGGCUGUGUAGGUACUGUGCUCUCACUCUCAUCACAUAGCUAUGUUUCUGCUGCAUUACCCCUGUGGAACCUGCCCCGGGGCUUUCAGACUCACUCUGAUAUGUUCUGAAGGUGGCUGUUAUCAUCUGUACUUCUUUUCACUUAAAAUUGUACCGUAUUCUUUUCUGAUAUUUUGUUUUUUCAUUUUCCUUACUUAAUGUUUAACUUAGUAGUUAAUAUCAUAUUUGACAGACUAUAAAUACCCUUCCAAUUUUAUCUACCAUUUCAGGUUGUAUUAUUGGUUAUUAUUGUCAUUUUCUCCCUUUUUUCCUCAGAUGAGUGAUUUAAAAAAUCUUUUCAGAUUUCAUAAUUUUUUUCUAGAGGAGAAAAUCAUACAACACACAGAGCUACUUGGUGCUUUUCGAAGGGCUAUCUGAAAAUUUCCAUAGAUCCAUUAACAUAAUAUUUGAACUUUAAAAGUCAUUUUUAGGCACAGGCUCUGGCCUAGGGAUUAAGCCACCAAUUAGGACACCUAUGGCCUAUGUCAGAAUGCUUGAGUUCAAUUCCCAGCUCUGGCUCCUGACUCCAGCUUCCUGCUAAUGCAGACCCCUGGGAGGCAGCAGUAGUGGCUCGAGUAAUUGGGUGCCUGCCAGCCACAUGGGAGACUUGAAUUGUAUUCCUGGUUCCCAGCAUCCUUGCAGCCAUUUGGGGAAUGAGCCAGUAGGUGAGAGCUCAUGUUCUCUUGCUCUCUCUCUCUCUGCCUCUCAGAUAAAUAAUUUAAGCAUAAAGAGUAAUGGACAUCAUUUGAGAAAUGCAACUAGUGCUUCUAUGUGACAGAAUUGUCUCCUGAUGGAAUUUUUACCACCCAGGCACAAAAAUUUUCCUUCCAUUGUAUUGCUAUUGUUAAGGAAGAAUGCCAUAUUGCAAGCUUAGUUUCAAAGGGAGGGUCAUGGUGCUCAGAUGUGCCCUGUCACAUGCUAAAGAGCUGCGUUUCAGCAGUGAUGUCCUGUAUUUUACCAACAGCAACUUUAUCCUAAUCAAAACUAUCUUGUAAAUGGAAAGGAGUUUAAAUAGUUAAUAUGUAGUUGAGGUGUUUAAUGCUCUGUCAAAAAUUAUAUUUAAGCUAUGAGUGCACAUGUAUGCUCUGAAAAGAGAAAAAUGAAAAACUUACAUAACAUGAUUCUUCUGUGUAAGCAAUGGUUGGAAAGAGGAAAAACUAACAUAUAUCAGACAGUUUAGAAUUGGACACCUGACUCCAGAUAAUUGGGCACUGAUAGUUACAAAGUUACAAUUAAAAACAUACUGCUUCCCCUACAAACACUUAGCUGUUUAAGAAAUUUUAUAAUCUCAUUUUGUUCACUUAUUCUGUAAAUCCCAGGUACCUAAUAAGUGCCAAUCACAGUGCGAGGUGCUACGGAAACAGUGGGGAACAGGUCCUUCCGUAGGCUGAGAUACUGUUCAAGGUUUUCCAGAAACUAAAUUGGAGAACUUGAGCCAUCGCUGCUUGUCUUUCUGUCUGCCAACUCUGUAAAAUUUCAACGUGUCAGACUUCACUGUGGCUGAGCUCCCUUGAUGACUGAUUCAAACGUGAACUGAGUACAAGCUUAGGUCUCUAGGAAAUGAGAUAUGUGCAGGUAAAGGGUGGAUUGGGACCAUUUGAAAUGUUAGUCUCUUGCACUAACAUCUCUGCUUAGAGAAAGUGGGAACUCUGGCAUCAAUUUAAUCUCACAAGAAAAACCACCUUUUAUUUGGUAAUCCUAAUGUUGUCCUUGAACUAGGUCAGUCUAUGUGAAGCAUGUUCGGUUACUUUUGGACUUGAGUUAUUUUAGCUAAAGUUAACUCAAGCUAAUUUAAGUUUACAGCUGCCAGUAAAGUAUUACGGAAUGACUUUGUGUAAGGACCUUGUCAUUCAGAAAACAGUUAACUUUUCCAGACCAGUAGAGGAUCAUGUGUUCAGAGUGGAGUGAAAACACUGGGGACCUACAGGUGUCUUUGAUACCUAUUGAGUAAACCAUUUACUACAUAAAAGCUGAUCAGGCUAGAAUAUUUAGAAUAGUAUUAUAGUAGAGAAGAAAUGACCAGUAAUAUGAACAAACUACUAAUUAUUUCCAGAGCUUUUGGUAAGUGGGAUUUUUGUUUGCUUCUGUAAUGUCAAAAUACAACCUAAUUGCUUUUCAGUAAAACUGCAUAUGCAUAACUCUUAAUAAAAUACUUAUUUCUUAAUAAUUGUUAAGAUUUUAAAAGUAUCUCACGCUCUACUACCUAUGGAGAUUGUCUUUUUGCGAAUGAAUGUCUGCAUUUUGGCUAAUAUUUCUGUAUGAUGACUAGGGCAUUAUUUUUUCCAAGUUUUUGGAUGGCAUAAAUAGAGCAUUCAGUGUAGCAUGAGGAACUUUUCUUUAGCAUUUAAAAAAUGAAUCAGUGAUUAUUUUAAAGCUCAAAUUGAAUUUUGAUCCUGUGUCAGAGUCUAUUUUUUUCUCAAUUAAAACCUAGGUCCUAGUGAGCCAAACUUUUUUCUUAUUGUUACUUUAGAUCAUGGAGUGCAUCGGAUCCUUUCUAUACCAACGACAGGAGCAUCUUGACUCUCUCCACAAUGGACUCGUCUACUUGCUAAGGGGGCAGUAGUACUUUGUGGGAGCCAUUUCACCUCCUGUCCUAAAAUUGAGUACGAUCAUCCCGUGAAUGGCCACAUUAGCUCUGAAAUCCCUUUCUGAAGCCUCGAGUAGUUCACCCCCAUACAGAGUUACAGUGGCAAACAAUCAGAAAGCGUUAACAUGACUCCUGCACAUUCCACCUUGAGCCUGAACAUGCCACAGUUUGUGAAUAAAGAGACAUUUUCUAUCUCUUUGUCUGGAUUUGUCCCUUGUGCUUAUGGGACUCCUCAUGGCAUUUCAGCCUGUUGCUGAGGCCACUAUAUUUUACUAUCAAGAGAAAAAGAGCGAGAAUUCCUCCUUCAUGUGUAUUUUUUAGUAUUAGCUUGGUUAUUGACUCUAUUUAAAUCUGCUUCUGUAAAUUAUGCUGAAAGUUUGUGUUGAGAACUCUAUUUUUUUAUUAGAGUUAUAUUUGAAGCUUUUCAUGGGAAAAGUUAACAUGAAUAGUCAGGAAUUUUGGUCCCUUCGUGACCUUUGUUAAUUCAGUAGUGCUUUAUAAGUUCGCAGGUGAAAUUAGGAGAAUGCAUUUCCAACCAUUAUUUACUGCAGUAUGGGUAGUAAAUUUAUACUGGUAACAGAUUUCUCCUAAAGUACUGUAACACAGCCAGUAAAGUUAACACCAUAUAAAUGCAAAGGGUGUAAAAUAUCUUACAUAUAAAUCAGGAAUCAGGUCCAUUCACCAAAUUUCAAAUUGAUGUUUACUAUUUUUGUCACAGAAUAUGAAGAACCCAUAGUGGGUAAAUUGGGUACCAUUAGUAUAUUAUUAAUUUAAUGUGUUAUCAUUGAAUCUUUUGCAUGUUUUAAGUAUCUAAAUUUGCCUUAUUUUCUCUAUCUGAAGCUUCUGUUCAUAGUAUUUUAUGAUAAUGUAAAGUUCAACCAUAUCAAUAAAAACAAUUUUGGACAGUAUUUAAAUAUUGCAGAUACUUUUAAUUAUACAAAUCAAAAUAUUAUGGGUAACAAUCAAUAAAAAAAGAGAAAACCUGUUUUGUGGCCAACCUAGAAUUGCUCUUGCCUUUUUGUAAGCUAAACUUUAUAAUAAAGGAUUUCGGAUGAGAAUUAUCCUAUUUGGGGUUAGCAUAUCUUUUCUAAGUUACAGCAGAAAGUACUGCAUAUGCAUUUGCCUGGUGUCCCAUUACAAGGUUCAUUGUCAGAGAUUUUUAUCAGGUCAUGGCAGCAAUAAAUUGCAGUGCUGAGAAUGAUUAAUCAGCUACAUGUGAUUAUACUUAGCUGCACUUCAAAAUAGUUGAACUCUUCCUGAAGGUACAAGUACUGUCAUUUAUUUUGUUAAAAAGAAAUGUUUUAAAAUUUAGAGAUGAUUGUUAUUUAAGAACUAUUACCCACAUCUAAGCAUAUAAUGAUUAUAUGAAUAUAUAUAUUUUAAAUUAUAAGAAAAUGGUUAAAUGAGGUUUUGUCAGAUUUCCCUUGAGAAUAUAAUUCUUCAUUUUUGAGGACUUAUACUGUGCAUCUCCCACUGCUUUCCCUUUUCAUGAAUAUGAGACUUCUGCAUUUGGGUUGGUAAGGAAAGAAUGAUCAAGACAGGAAUCAAAGCUUUCAUAUUUGCUGGUAAACUGUUUUCUUUCUAAUAUAUUUACCUGUUUCAAUAAUGCAAAGGUAUUAAAUUACCAAUUUAUGGCUAAAUAAAUAUAAUUUUCAUAAUUAGUCCUUCUUUAACUUUGAUAUUCCCAGUGUAGAGCUGGGGAAGAUGAAUUACUCUGGAAAUUCACCAAAGGAAUAAUGCAGGCAGAGGGGCGCACUCACCAGCUCAUGUUCCAAAGAGGAAAUCUUCAGUGCAGUAGUCUAGUAAAGGCGGCCAUGGAAUUCGCUUCCUCUUUGUUUUAUAAAACACACAUAUAACAAAAUGACAGCCAGUGGGCCUGCGUUACAUCUGCUUUACAGUGUUCCUUUGCCACCAGACAAACGGACUGCUCCCCCUAGAAAAGGGUCGCGAGUCAUUGAGUAGCACAUGGCCAGUAGCAGCAAGACAGAAGUCCGCUGGCCUGCUUGCUGCUCCAGGCGGGACUGAUGUCAUUUCCUUUAUUCCCCGUGUGGAGUUAGUUAAGGAGACUGUUUUACACACACACAGUAAAUGGUAUCUACCUACUGUGUGCUCAUCUCCCUUUGUUCAAAGCUUACUGCAUCUUUAAAGGAAAAAUUAUCUUGUAAUUUUAAGAACAGGAUCUUCUAUUUAAGAAAGUAACAACACAAUCCACAACUUUUCUAUAGUUUCCUGCUGCUAAUAUAAUGUAAAACUAUUACUACAUAACCAGUAAGCUCAGAGAAGUUCCCUCUGCGUGUUUCUUUCAAAUUCUUUGGAAAGUUAUGAUGUUGAUAAUAAACUUAUCUGCCAAAAGCAGGGUGCCGGUGUUAAAUGUGUUACCACUAGUUAAUGUCUCAAAUCUAUUUGCCUCACUUGCCUGCUUUGGCCUGGGCUGUAGGCCUGAAGAUAAUGGCAGGUGCCAAGUCAGGUUUUCGAAUUGCCCAUCAGCUGUCAGUGACUCAGCACCCUGCCUGAGCUUUGGCAAGCGUAGGCUCAGCCUGGGAGAAGCAGAGUGUGGGUCAGGGAGAGAGACAGCCCCCGAGGCUUGCUGUGUCGAGGAAGAAGGGAAUUCACAGUUUUUGAGUAUCUGUAACUGCCCUGCUCCUCGCGGCUGAAUCUCCACGAUGCCCCGAGGCUCCCAGACCUGACCCAGUGCCCGCAGCAGGAGCUGAAGCAGGGCAAAUCAUCCUGUCAGGAAAUACCUGCACUCAGCCCUGUUACAAGUGUCAGCGCUGACUUCACUCCUACUGCAGAGCUUUAUGAAAUUGAACUUGUCUGAUCAGCUUGGGAUUCUGAUAGGCAGAAGUCAAGGCCAUUAAGAAAAAUCCAGUUAAGAACCAAACUAGUAAAAUAUGCUACUCUGGAAAUCUGGGAGCUGGGGAGAGAAAGAAAAGUCUUCCAUGUUUGUCUUUUUCCCCUAAGAUCAAUUUAGAGGAUGAUACAAGCAUGUGUUAAUAAAAUCAAUACACCAAAGCGUUCUGUGGAAAGCAUGUUUUAUUAAUUUUGGACCCCCUAUGUAGACAUUUCUAUCUUGAAGUGUGUCAUCUGUUUUCAUAAAAUUAAAGCAUUAUUAAAGUGCUGUUUUAUGUGGAAUAACUUGAAUGAUAUUCCUGCAAGGAACAGAUUAUAACUAAUGAUAUGUUUGUAAUAAUGGUAAUUGUUAGAUUUUUUAUGAGGAAUGACUGUAGCAAUAUUUAGUUUAAAAUUUUAGACCUCAGACACUGUGGCCGUCUAAUGUAACCCUUCAGAGCCUCUCAGCAUUGUUGGUAAAUGUAGUUUUACUGUACAGGUCUCAGUAAUUUUUUUAAAGUUUAUGAAAUUGUAUUUAUCAAAUAAAAUUUUCCUAUAAAAUGAAAA